UGCACACCUGAGCGGGCUUGACUUAUUGAGCGUGCAGUUCAGCGGAGGACAGGACCAGCGAAAGGAGGAUUGUUCUUGUCUUUAUUCCCUGACUUUUUCCAGUGCUAGUUUUUGACUGCCGCUUCAGAACAAGUCCGACUUAACUUCUUGUGAACAACCGUCACGAUGGAAAUCGAGAAGGAAGUGAAGAAGAUGACCCUCGGACACGAGUUUGGUGCUGGAGCGGCUUGUUUGAAGUGCAAGGACAAGUGUGACGGCUUUGAGCUGCACUUCUGGAGAAAAAUGUGUAGAAACUGCAAAUGUGGCCUUGCAGAGCACGAUGUGUCGAUGGAGUCAGAGGAGAACCAAAAGGUUGGCAAGCUGUUUGAAGACACCAAGUACACGGGCCUCAUCGCCAAGUUAAAGGCAGAUGGCAUCCCUGGUUACCAAGGCAACAUGAUGACCAUCACUCUGCCCAGCCCUGCCACGGCUUACAUCAUUCCCCCCAGUGCCUCAGCUACUGCCGUCCCCCCCUCCUCCACAUCAAGCUUUGCAUACCCUGCUGGAGCUUCAGUCGGUUCUGGUCACCCUGCUGGAGCUUCAGUAGGUUCUGGUCACCCUGCUGGAGCUUCAGUAGGUUCUGGUCACCCUGCUGGAGCUUCAGUCGGUUCUGGUCACCCUGCUGGAGCUUCAGUCGGUUCUGGUCACCCUGCUGGAGCUUCAGUCGGUUCUGGUCACCCUGCUGGAGCUUCAGUAGGUUCUGGUCACCCUGCUGGAGCUUCAGUCGGUUCUGGUCACCCUGCUGGAGCUUCAGUCGGUUCUGGUCACCCUGCUGGAGCUUCAGUAGGUUCUGGUCACCCUGCUGGAGCUUCAGUAGGUUCUGGAAAGCCUGCUGGGACGUCUGCAGGUUCUAUAGGAUCAGCUCCUCAGGGUCAUGCCCAGGCUCAUCCUGCACCACUCACUCCUUCCAAAGCUGACAAGUUCCCAUCCAUACCCAUCAGCGCCACAGCAGCCAGUGUGGUAUCAGUUCCUAAGGAUGUUCCAGUGAAAUCCAUCACCUAUGAGUGGGCACCUCCAGUUCCUAACAAAUACCUGGCUGUGCGUUACAUCGAGCUGCUCCCACCUGAAAAGCGUCCUGUUGCUGGUUCUGAGGGAGCCGUUUACCGUCGGAAGCAGAUGGCUCGUCAGCUUCCUGAACACGACCAGGACCCGUCCAAGUGUCACGAACUGAGCCCAGCCGAGGUCAAGCAGAUGGAGCAGUAUGUUCGUAAAUACAAGGACGAGGCCCUGGGGGUUGGAGAUGUCCUGCUGCCGGAGGAUAUGGCUCAGGUUCAGGCAGGAAGGCAAGCUGGUUCUGGAGCUGGGGGGGCUGGAAAUGCUACAGGGGGAGGGGCUCCAGGAGCUGCUUCUGGUCAAGGGAUGGCCAGUCUAGGUGCUGGGGUCAGAGGUGGUGCUGGGAAUGAACCUGCAGGACUGGGAGCUGGAGCUGGAACAUUCUCAGGCCCGGCAGGAGGAGCCGUGGGGACUGCUGCUGCGGCCGGGGCCAUGAGCGCCGGACUUCCUCUGAAGAACUUUUCGUGCCAUCACUGCAAAAAGCCCAUGCAGCUUGGUGAACCAGCCGUCUACGCUGAGCGGGCUGGGUACGACAAGCUGUGGCACCCAGCAUGCUUUGUGUGCUGCACCUGUAAGGAGCUGCUGGUGGACAUGAUCUACUUCUGGAAGAAGGACAGCAUGUACUGUGGACGCCACUACGGAGACAGCGAGAAGCCUCGCUGCGCUGGCUGUGAUGAGCUGAUCUUCAGUAAUGAGUACACCCAAGCUGAGGGACAGAACUGGCAUCUGAAGCAUUUCUGCUGCUUUGACUGUGACUGCAUCCUGGCUGGAGAGACGUACGUCAUGGAGAAGGACAAGCCCGUCUGCCAACCCUGCUACAUGAACAGCUACGCUGUGAAAUGUUCCUCCUGCCAGAAGCCGGUGGAGCCAGAGGCUCAGAGGGUCUCCUACGGUGAGCACCACUGGCACGCGGAGCCGGACUGCUUCAAGUGCUCCGGCUGCACCAAAUGCCUCAUGGGACAGCGCUUCAUGGCUGUGAAAAACUUCCUGUUCUGCUCUGUGGAGUGCAAAAAGAAAAUCAUUAACUAACAUGCCAGUCGGGAUCCUGCUGCUCGUGUGAGCCACAGAGGAGAGGAGAGGAGAGACUGGGCAGAAGCAUCAGCAGUGUCCGACAGCACUAGUGUGGAGAUCCAUAGUAAUAACCAGAGAUCAGUAAUGUUCAUCAAGGUUGGGUUCGGCCCGGUUUAAUCUGUUAGACCAGAACUCUCUGGCCUUUAAGCUGAUGUUCUGCCACAGCGCUGAACCAGCUAGCAGUUUCCAAAGCAGUCAUGUUUCUAUCAUGUUUCUAUUGUCAGUGCUGCCGACGUGACCACUCCUUUAUUCAUCCUUACUGCUGUAGUUGGCUGUUUCUCUUUACAUGUCCGAGCUUGUUGAUGGCUUCACUAAAUGACUUCUGCACCGAUCAUCCAGUAAUGACUGGUAGCAAGAAUAAAGUCUGUCAGAAUCGCAUCCUGAGCCCCUGAAUAUGGACGUCACGCUGGAAGGUAGAGAAGAAAACCACUUUGUGAUGGGACCUAAGAGAAAAGCCUUCUAACUGACUAGUUAUCACAGCUGGGUUAAGUGAUUCCACAUCUUCAUUUAAAAGUACACAGGAAGAGAAGCUUCUCUGAGUGGACAGCGGCCAUCUUUGAAGCAGCCCAGUGUUGGUUCUGAAUAUCAGCUGACUGGCCUCAGUUCAGAGAAGUAACGUGUACGUCAUUUAGAACAGAUGAGUGCACCUGAACAUCUGCAUGCACCUGAAGGGCUUUGUUGUGCUGUUGUUUACUUUUUUAAACAAACAGAAUUCCCUUAAAGCAACACUCAAGUCCCUUUCACCCCCCUGACUGGUGGGAAGCAGAAUUACAACUACAACCCGUUGCAGCCUGUUGUAGCUAGCGCCAACGAUGCCAACUGAUAUUAAAUAACAGAGGUGGCAUCAUCCCACCUCGCAGGCGCAUCAACACCAAACAGUGAACUCCAUGCUGUGUUUUUGUUCUGCUCAGCAGCUGAACCAGGUUCAUUCACUGUGCUGAUUAAAAUCACCUGGUUGGAUUGCUGAGCUGAAGAAAAACACGGCAUGGAAAUGACUUGUUGGUGCCUCAAUUCCCCAUCUCUGCUAAAUAAGUCACAAAGAAAAAACAUCCAAACUGUUUAAUUAUCACAGGUCCAGUAGCAGCAAAGCCAGGUCACCAUUAGUCUGAUUCCCUCAAACGGGUGUAGGCCACGCCAAUGUUCACUGUGGUUUUAGAUCUUUGCUUCACCUCCAAAGAAAUAGCUUCAACUUUCAGACUCCACCAUGAUGCAAACAGAAACCAGCAGAAUUGCUUUGUACUGACCGGUAGCUAACUGAAAGAGCCAACUGCUAGCCUUUAUAUGAGCCUGUGCCACAGUAAACAGCCGUUGCUGUUACCUGAACACCACGGCUGUUAAGUGCAGCUUCUGGCCAACAGAGGGCGACAGAGUGCUGUCCAAUGUGAAGUUUAGGUUUCUGGCUCAACCGCUGAAAACCAGUAUUAAAACAGCAGCUUCAAGUGUUAAAACUAGUGUUGCUUUAAUCAUUCAGUGCAAAAUUACAAUUAUCCAUGUGGAGUGUAAUUACCCCACCUUAGGAGGUCAGAGCAGUUUUAAGAUGACAGUAAUAAAUGUAGAUGUCAGCUACACUUGGGUUUGUCGUUAGCUCAGCACUUCAGAAUGACGUCAACUAUAUCUACAAACAGAGGCCCUUCAGGAAGCUGUUUAUGACAUACCUGAAAACACUUCUAAGAUGGCCAAAAAUUCAUUGUGUGAAACAUGUUUGAGUACGGUGGCGUCUUCAUCCACACGUGUCCAUAUUUAUGUGCGUAGACCGUCUCUAGCUGAUGCAGGGUAAGGUGUAACUCACCCUACUGGUGUUUAUAAAGUCACUCGGUCUACAACUCCAGGGUAAAGUAGCUCUGAAUCAAUUGACAGCUGCUUCUGUUUCUAGCAGGGAAACAAACACCAGUGAGCUUUUGUGUUUUCAUUCAUAAUGUGGAAAGUUUUACACAAUUCAAGGAAGCUCCAUCUCUCAGGAGGUCAUUGUCUUAAACUGCCGUCUGCUCUAAGGUACGCAGCUAUUUCCCCUCUCAGCCACAUCUACCAGGCCUGAUGGCGACUAAUUACACGAGCAGGUCUGAGUUCAGCAGUAGUGCUAGCUCCGCCCCCUCCCCAACGUCCUCCCUGUCCUUUUCUCAUUUUGAGUUUGAUUUCUGAUGUCACAGGAAGUCUGGGAACUGAAAACUGGAGCUAGUUUAGAGUUGCUGUACUGCAGUGACGUGGGCUCAGUCUUGACAUUUGCAUGCGAUUUGUUUCAGUCUCAGAUGCUUGUUGAUCUGGUCAUUUGCAUCAUGUUGAUAAUCUGCCAGUAAAACCAGUUGAAGCGAGCUCAUGUGAGGGAGUAGAGAGCAGCUGAGGUUUACCGGGCUCUGGUCUCAUGUGCAUGUUUUCAGCCCACAUUUAAAGCCUUCAGAAUGAUCCAAUCAUCAUUAGAUAAAUGUUUCUAGUUUUAGGAGAUCUGCCUUUAUGGAAUAACUCAUGAAAGCAUGAAUGUUGUCCAGAGCAGCGUGUGAACAGUGACUCAGUCACAUGGAGAGAUUAAAUCAGGACUCUUUCUCAAGAUAAACUACAAUAGUACACACGUCAGGUUUCUGAUCGGAUGAAAUAACCGGACUGAGGAACUGGGUCGGUGUUUGCUUUUACCGCUAACACCUUGGUCUUUACUGGUCAAGAGAUACAAAAAUGUGGUAAACAAAGUCUGGUCUUUUUUUUUUUAUUUUUGUACAUUUCCAGACUUUUGUAGUAAAGUGCAGACAUUAUUAUAUUCCUCUUAUCGCUGUGCCUGUCUAAAUCCUGGGCUGCUGUAAUUCUCCCCACUGUCAAAGAGAAAUCCCAGUUCCACCACCUUAAAUGGGUUUAGGAUGACUAACUGUGGUCUGUUACCCAUCACAGAUCAGUUUUGCUGUUUGUCUAUUGAAGGAAUUGUAAUUUUUCAUUAAAUAAAACAAAUAAACUGAC